AAACUCUCUGUAUCUGUAAUUUACUCUAAUGGAGGGAAGAUUCAAGCCACGACUCUCUCGCAUGUUCCGUGCUUCAUUUGGGUCGUGUCGAUCCCGAAACAUAGUCGAUUUCAUCGAAAAGCCGGUUUUCGUAUCUCAAACUCGCCAUGAUUUCCAUCCGCUCGAGCUUCUGUCACCAAAAGUUCGAACUUUCCCGUCCAUGUGUAGACCAAGAAGAACGGAGACAAUGGAGUCAGCUGCAGACGAUGUGUUCGUGAGAAUGCAGGUGUUUCAGAGGUCAAAAGUGACGGAACGAAGCCAAUGCGUCGGGUUUGAUGACGCCAAGGAAGGAACUUGUGCCCCUGCAUUACCUGUUUCGCCAUUGAAUUCGUAUUACGAGAUUGAGGAAUUUGAAGCCAAAGAGGGACGAAGAAAGGCGAAGAAAACGAAGGGGAAGAAGAAGAAGAAGACCCAGAAAAAGAUAAGCAAGAAAGAAAGACUUCAUUUUGACUCUUCAUCAGGAGAAACUGACAGUGGGUGGUUCAGCAGUGGAGACGAGACCGAGACAUUCUUCUCUUCAAAAAGUUUCUCCUCUGAUUCUUCUGAGAUUUACCUCCGAAACGAAAGGAUUUCUCGCCGGAAAGCAGCCGAAGUCCGACGGAAAAGAGCUUUGAGAAGGAAUUCUGAAAUGGGUUAUAGUUCAAUUGACUCAGAGGCCAAAGUUCAGGAGAGCUUUGCAGUGGUUAAGCGUUCGAGUGACCCAUACAAUGAUUUCAGGACUUCAAUGGUGGAAAUGAUCGUAGAGAAGCAGAUAUUUGCAGGAGAGGAUCUGGAGAAGCUCUUACAGUGUUUUCUGUCUUUAAAUUCCACUCAUCAUCAUAGAGUUAUCGUGGAAGCCUUUGUUGAGAUAUGGGAUACUCUGUUCUCUCACUGGUCUUGAAGAAUCUGCCAGUUUCUUCUUGAUCUUUUUAUUGUUUAAAAGUCUUCUCAGGAAAGUAGUCAUUUCUGUUUAAUUGUUGCUAACUCUGCAAAUUCUGUCUAACUUGUCUUUCUUCUUUCAAUUCUCAUCUUUUAACUCUAAGCUAAACGAUUUGUUCCGAUCUUUUCUU